AUGAUGGAAAGCAUUCUUCCCACUCCAAUUGGCAACAGUUCGGUAUCCACAAGUUUUGCUGUUUCCUCGUUUCCUACCAGCAUUUCAGGAUUCAGUGAUAGAGUUACCUCCCGGGUUCCUCCUACUAGCUUUUCGGAAUACGGUGGCAGUUUUGUUUCUCAGAUACCAAGUAGCAACAACUCUGGAUCCACUAGUGUCAUUGCUUCCUCAGCUACAAUUAGCAGCUUAGGCUUCAACGGUAAUAGUACUUCCUCAAUACCUACUACCAGCUCAGGAUUCAGCGAUACUGUUGCUUCCCCGGUUCCCAAUAACAGCUCGGUAUCCACCAGUAUUACUGCUUCUUCAGCUUCAACUAAAAACUCAAGUUUCCGCCGUAUUGCUAGUUCUUUGAAGCCAGUAAGUACAACUGUCAGUCAUGGUGAUUCAAUUUCUACUCUGUUGAUUACUCCAAAAGAAGGGAUUGCAGAUAGCUUCGUUAGUUCCCCAACUGUUACAUUUUCGAGUGCUAGUUCUUUUCUUCCUUGGCCAGAACUUUCAGCUAAUUCUUCCGACACUAAGUACGGGAACUCUUCCGCUGAUGGUUUCGUGACGGCGUCGACUCCUAUUGCUUCUAGUAGGAUUUUCAGUACUUUUGUAGUUUCCAUUUUAUCUAGCAACUCAAACUCACAUGGUAAUGCUAGUAAUACUUCAAAGUUUAGUUCACAAGCCGUUAGCGCUAGUAGCCAAUCGUCGAUUAUUGAUUCUGUCGCAUCAGCAGGAUCAAAAGUUUCUUCUUUUUUUGGUCCUCUUUGUUUCCUUUGUUAG